AGACAUGCUUCUUCGUUCUAGUACUUGCACUGCAAUUUUACGUAAACUUUCUGAGCUUAAUAACUAUGGCUGCUCUACAAUCUUUCUUGUAUUUUGCAACAUUAGUGGCUAUUUUGAUCCCUGUAAGUGCACAGUUGACACCUGACUUCUACGACAAAGUAUGCCCUCAAGCCCUGCCAAUCAUUAGAAAAAUUACUAAGCAGGCAAUCCGGCGUGAGCCACGUAUGGGAGCUUCGCUGCUUCGAAUGCAUUUUCAUGACUGCUUUGUCAAUGGUUGUGAUGGAUCAGUGCUUCUAGAUGACACAGCCAACUUCACUGGAGAGAAGACAGCCCUUCCCAAUUUGAAUUCACUCAGGGGCUUUGAAGUGGUUGACCAAAUUAAAUCAGCUAUUAACCAAGCUUGCUCUGCCAAUGUGGUGUCAUGUGCUGACAUUUUAGCUGUCGCAGCUCGCGACUCUGUGAACCUUCUGGGAGGUCCUGCGUACAAGGUGUUACUAGGCAGAAGAGAUUCAAGAACUGCAAGCCAAAACGAUGCAAACACCAAUCUUCCUCCCCCAUUUUUUAACUUCUCACAACUUCUCUCUAACUUCCAAUCUCAUGGGCUAAACCUGAAGGACCUAGUUGUCCUCUCAGCAGGCCACACCAUUGGACGUGCUCGGUGCACCACUUUCCGCGACAGGAUUUAUAACGACACCAAUAUAAACUACAAAUUUGCUGCUUCCUUGAAAUAUAGCUGCCCAAGAACUGGAGGGGACAAUAACACGAACCCUUUUGAUUCAACCACAGCAAGAUUUGAUGCACAAUAUUUCAGGGAUUUGCUUGCCAAAAAAGGUCUCCUACAUUCUGACCAAGAGCUGUUUAAGGGUGAUGGUAGUGGUAGCGAUCCGCUAGUGAAGUAUUAUGGUUACAUUAAUCCAGACAGAUUUCUGACAGACUUCUCUGCUUCCAUGGUCAAGAUGGGAAAUAUGAAGCCCCUCACUGGAACUAAUGGAGAGAUCAGAAUGAAUUGCAGAAAAGUUAAUAACUAGCUUGAUAUCGAAUGUGCGUUGCCUUGUUUCAUUGAAUGGGCAAGUUGAAAUUGUCUGUCAUUGUGUUAAUUUCAAUCUUUUCGUUCGUUUGUUUGCUUACAUAAUGCCAUUUCAUAUGUAAAAUUGUUUCCGGAUUCAAGAAAUAUUUUUCAAAAUUAAAGAGCUUUA